CCAGAACCAGCCACUCUGGCGUUGGCAUUUUAAUUGUUGAGGGGUUCCUUUUAUCAUCAGUAGCGGGGAGAUUGAACCCACCUCAACCUGACUUCAUAGAAAUUGAAGAACUACUGUUUUUUUGGGAAUUGAAUUGCCGAAUUGCUUUAAAGACUUUUUGGUUGAGUUCGUGAGCCAGUUCCUCACGGAGUACAAACUUGCUUAGUAAAAAACGGCAUGGAUGCUCCUGGAGGUACAGCUCUCCCAUCUCGACCGUCCAAUUUUGAGUCUUCGAAUGCGGAGCUGAGACCAACAGACGGUUUGUUAGAUACUCCGAGCCACGGAUUUUCUGGCCGGAGUCCCAGCCGGAAUGGAAAUUCGCCGAGAAAAAGCUUGGAUGAUGGAUCGUUAGGACUGGAAAACAAGUUUUCGGAGCUGGAUGUUGCCUUUAUGGACCCAGAAUUUGCAUCAGAAAUGACUCAGGUGGAGAAAUGGUUCCAGGUGCUUACGAUACCAGAACGGACAGCGGCACUGUAUACGCUACUUCAACGAAUUUCACCAUCAGAGGCCAAAAUGCUGUCCUUUGCCUUUUUCCGACGUUCGUCCUUUGAUUCUUCGCAUGCUGGCAGCGUGGUCGCCAACAUGGUGGCCGCUUCAUCUUCGUCGCUCCCGUCCGGGAACACUGGCCCUACGUCUGCGCUUUCUCCGUCGUCCGCUGUACCUUUAUCAGCUAAAAUUAAGAAUGAGAAAACAACACCCGGUCUUGGAGCUCGAGGCUCUACCGAACACAGUAACACAGCUCCCCCCACUCCUUCAUACUUCGCGCAGGAUCGCGAUACUCCCAUGCACACACGCUUCACGCGUGUGUUAGCCCAAUCUUCGCUUGAGUCGCCCAUCGGUGCUGCCCAAACCACGCCCAGCCGUCGCUCAGUCCAAGACAUAUCCGAGCCCGGCAGUGGACACAGCGUCGGCGGUAGCUCGCGUUUGUUUCCUUCGUCGCACCUUUCAGGGAAUGGAAACGCGUCUUUACAGACACCUCGUUCUCGCAUCCGAGACGCCUACGAUCGUGGCGAUCCUAUGUCUGCGCCAGCAGGCUAUGUGCGCAACGAGGGCUCUUUGAGUCAUCGUUGGCCCAACGAGCUAUGCUCUCCUCCUCCCCCACCCCCCGAGCUUAUGCUCCCCUCCUUCCUGCCCCAUCGCCGGGCCCACUCUGAUGCUCAUCGGUCGCUUCAAUGGGGUCGUCCCAUGGGAGGUCGUCACUGGCUUGAUCGCCCACCGCCUCCGCAUCCUGCAAGUGAGGAGCCACAUCGUACAUAUCAUUACCGACCUACUAGUCCGUGUUUCCCCCCCGAGUAUGGACGAAUGUCUGGGCCACCCGUCACUCCCCUCUCCCAGCGAACUGGAUUGCUGGCCGAGGGUGCAAGCGGUGGUUCUCACAGUCCUGCUCCCUUUCAGAGCCAUUCAGCUUCACAACUCAAGUUUGACGGUGACCGACACUUCUCCCGUCACCCGUCUGGUUUGUGGGCAAACAAUUGGCCUCCGUCGCUUUCCUCUCAAUCGCACGAGUAUCCGUACUCACAGUCUCCCGCAACUUACCGUGUGAAUUCACUUCCUAGUGAUGCCAAGAACAAUCUUGGCCAAGGUCGUUAUGACCGCUCACCUCGUUUCUUGUCGGCGUACGAUACUGAAUACUCUACAAGUGAGGAUGCUACAACGCCGCUCUCUUCUCAUAACCGUGAUUUGCCGUAUCUGAAUGAUACGCCUCGGUCAAUGAGAACAUCGUUUUCGAAGGUCCGUCGAGCCUCAGCUCAUGCAAAAUACGAUUCCAACACGUCCAUGGAGCUCCCGCAGGACAUUCCAAGCUGGCUUCGGAGCCUGCGCUUGCACAAAUACACGGACAACUUGAAAGAUGUUAGCUGGCAAGAGUUGAUUGAGUUGACGGACGAGGAUCUUCAACGCAAGGGCAUUUCUGCACUUGGUGCGCGGAGGAAGCUCCUCAAAAGCUUCCAGCACAUUGCUACCAUUCUGGAAAAUAUGAACUCUGAGAAACAAAAGUCCGGAGAGAUGAAAGCUUCGUCCGAUAGUAUGGAACCAGUUAAGAUGGCUGAGCUUGAAUCUUCGCAGAAGACGUCGCCGCCAUUCACCACUCUUUUGGACUCCAAAUCUACUGACUCGCAGUCGUCUGCGGGACCAGAGGAGCAUCCCUUAAAGCAUACAGUUGAAGAGCCUAUUGCGACUUCUAAGGCUUUGGAUUCCGAGACUUCGGAUUCGGUUUCACCUUCUUCUUGAAUGUGAAUGAAAGCUGUGCUUUCUUGUUGUUGCUCUUGGCAAACACGAAAAAAAGCAUUUCAUCUUCUCAAUUUAUGUGUAAAACCUGUCGUUCGAUGUGCGCAUGUCGAAUGGCAUAGAUGUGCGUAAGGCAUUGUGGGCGAUGCCGCAUGCUAUCUGACUAAUGAAUGGACAAUACCUGGUCUUUACGUUUUGGAUAAGUCUCUUUUGGAAAAUUUUCAACUCUACGAUAAAAGACAAAAAUAUAUUUAUUGUCUCCGCCGCUGUUUAGGCCGACGAAUAAAAAGACCUUACUGGCACGAGCCGCAACAAGUUUAACGACGUUUCAAUUUUUGUGCAUUGUUCUUGAGGAUGGCUGCCCGACGUUCUCAAGCACAUAUGCACUCAUACACACACACACUCAUGAAUCUAUAUCCUCCUCAAUGUUAUCUCAACUCUGCACGCGGUUACAGCACUUUGUUCUGUUGUUAUGUUAUCCAUUCUCACUUGCAUACGGCCGUCUGCAGUUCUUCCCUUUAUGCCUGCAAAUUCAAAACAAAAGAAAGCGAUCAAGCAAACCGAGCUAAACGUCUUGCUUUGCUGUCGUGGUAUCCAAAACCAUUUGAUAUGCACUUUUAACUGCCAAUCGUACGUAACAGUUUUCAAUGCGUUUAACGGUGCGAAAGCCUCGAUGCUGAUACCAUGCGAUGGCAUCCUCAUUGCAUGUCUGGACAUGCAGUGUAAUCUUUCCAACACCCAUUUGUUUGGCGACUUGUUUUACGUGUUCGAGAAGUUGCUGCCCAAUACCUAGCCUGCGAUACGGCGCAAGGACGCCGAGCACAGCUAUAUACAAAGACUCUUCCUCCGGUAAGUGAGUGCAGCGGAUUGCUCCUACGAGCAGGUCACCAACAUAUGCUGUUUUUGCUAGAGACGGGCUUGCCAGACAUUCCUUGUAAAACCGCUUGCCAUAGUUCAUACCUAAGAGGACCUGUAUCAGCCGUUUGAAGUCAGAGAUGUUUGACUCGGUUAAGUUAGCCAUGUAGUAUGGAGAAUCGUUUCUAUUAGGUGUAACUGAGGACGGGGUCGUGACAUUCGUAGAAGUGGAAGGGGGUGCUGUUUCUUGUUUCGUUCGCUCAAGAGGUUCCUCGCCGUUGUCUUCUCGCGCUUGCUCCCCUUUUUGUUGUUUGGCCUCCUCCCUUUUUUUUAUGAGAAUAUUAAACUGUUUGUCAACGGAAAACAGUCCUUUUGUAUCGCUCCCGCAUUGAGCACAUGUGGGAGUUUUACGAAAACGUUUUAUAGCACAAAGCUCGCAGAAGUGGUGUUUGCAAGAUGUGACGAUGGGAUUUUUAUAGUCCUGCUUGCAGAUGAGACAUACGAACGGAAUAGUCUCCUCCUUCUUCGUCUUGUCACCAUCGGGUUCUGAACCCGCGGACUCUUGUUGGCCAGGACGUCGCUUCCGCUGCUGAACAAGCUCCCAUUCUCGGUCGAUCUGCCAUCCGGCUUUGUAGUCUUCACGAUCGUGCAAGAACUUGCAGCUGUCACCAUAGCCACAGUAUCCCGUUUGUUUGUAGUCCUUACAAACGUCAGGCUGAUAGUCCACAAUGGUAACUGUUCGUAACGCUGCUGAUGAAGCAGACGGUGUUACGGGACCAGCAUGUGCCUUCUUAUUAUAAGACUCCCUUUUUGGCAGAAAGUCAGUGUACGCAGUACCGCGAGCACUGCUCAAAGACACGUCGUUGGUCGAACGACCCAGGAUCCGAUCCUCCUGUUCGGAUUUUGGAAUGGAAACAGUGGAUGUGUUUAGGCUGUCGCCAGUGACACUCAAAUCUGCUGCAUACUGGACGUCAAUGUCUGCUGUAGAAGCAUCCUUAUUUACACUGUCUUUUCCAUUCGUUUUGUUCGUCUCAGCUUCUUCAUCCUUCCUACGUAACCGUCCAGACGCUCCUGGUCGCUUUCGCUGGAGGAUGGAACGCGUUUCUUCUAAUGUCUCUGUGGUCUCAUCCUCGUCGUCUGACGAAGAGUCUGUGCUUGUUUUCGCGGCAACUUUUCCCUCUGAGGUGUCUUCCGACUGUAUUCCUUUACGAAGAAUGUUCCGACGAUUGGCACCUCCACGUCGUUUCCUAAUUAAAGGAACUGUUGUAGAAGUCGUAGCAGCUGUUGCUGGCUUAUUAUCUUCUUUUUCCAUAAUCAAAGGGCGCGUUUUUGCUGCAAACGACCGAAUCAAUGCGUCUCGCUCUCAAAUUCGCUUGAUGUUUACGGAUUUCCGCCGUUCCUUUCGCAAUUGUGUGCAGAACUGUCUCAGGCGCUAUAACAGCACGGGUUUUUCAGCUAAAAUCGGGGCUUUAGAGUUAAACGGUAACUUUGAUGACCGAGGAGGUUCAAGGAUGUGACAGUACUGAUUUGGUGGGCACUUAGCGAGUGUGGCGGUCGUGGUGGUGAAAAAAUCAGUCGAGUUAAGUGGCCCUUAGUAAGGGUUAGCCAUACUCAACGCUAGGUGUAGUAGGAGAUUGGAUGAAGGGCCGACAAGUAGUGAAGGCGGCUUGGUCAACUUCAGCAGUAGAAAACGCAAUUACGUUAACAAUUCCCCCUCUCCUUGGCAAACGGUGUUAGGAUCUACAUCCAGCUCGUGAAGACGUUCCAUCUGACAUCACGGAUGCGGGAAAGACGGCGGUUAUUUUUAGGCGUGCCGUUUCUUAAAUUUCGGCUCCCUCGGUUCUUUUAGAAAGCCGGCUUUCUGACGACUAGAAGAGACCAUCGAAACGAUGGGAGGGCACUGAAGCGGUUAUCGAGUGCGGAGAAUGGGUGGAACGAGGAUUGCGUUUGGGUGAGCGUAUAUAUAGAAUGACAUACCCAUAGCCUAACUCCAGUCACUCGGAGGGGAGCCAUACGUAGUGCUUGGAUAAUGAAGUGCAACUGUAAUUGCUCUAUAUUGUUUUAGCACUUUAUUCAUCCAUCCAUACCAUUGGCGGACAUCAGGCUGUCAAUAGUCGGCAACCUUGUAGUGACAGUCUUCGGAAUUGCAUAAACCUUUUGCAUUCAUCAUCACUCGUUGGCCAUCAAUUAUCAAAUACCAUAGUCAGAGACGAACUAGAAAGCAUCAGACCGCUCCGAAGGAUACGGACGCACAGCUCAAGCAGGCAAUUUGAGUUGACAAUUUGUCUGCGUGCAUCUAUUGUCCCUAAACCAUUUUCAAUUUCAGGAAUCUGUGCGCGAACACACAUACACACGCAACGACCUGGCUAACAAGACGACAAGAACGGGUGGAUAAAAGCUGUGUCUUUCUUCAAGAACACCUUCCUCCAUCAUUGACAUGAAAUAAUAGUUUGGAUCAUUAAACCAACCGAACUGAAGUGUACCAUCAUCAUCAUCAUCAUAUCAAACGUAAACAUUUUUUCACGAGUAAACAAAUCCCUUUCUAAUGAUCAUCCGGAUUGCACCUCCAGCCUACUAUUCUAGCGGCUGCUCCCCUCAGACGAAGUCUCAGGAAAAGACCUCAUCUUUUUCGUACGACAAGUGGAGAGGAGCCUCGCUCACCGAUACUAAUUCAGAGGUUGAAUCCGUCGAGGGAAGCAAGAACUUCGCAACCCUCUCACCGUUCGAGGUAAGCUGCUUGUACACCGCCUUGGUGAUUGAGGAACCAUCGCUCAUACGGAAUCAGUGGACACAAAAGUCUGUUUCAUUUUCUGACGACCCUCCGAAAGUAUACGUGGCGCCCGAGUACGAUCGAUCCUGCAGCACGCCAGCUGAAUUGACGGAAGAGGUCGUAUCGGAAUUAAUGGAACUGAGACGUUGUUGGGCGGCGCAGAGCUAAUUUCUCUGCAUGCGCAUGGCUGCCCACUGUAGUUGUAAUAGCAUACAAGAGACUUUAUUUUUUUUUUGUUAUAA